CUAUUUCCGGCCCCGGUAGCUGGAUGCAGGAGGCAGCUGUCCUCAUAAUAGAAGUAAACAAAGUGCAAAAUAUCUUCUUGAAAUUGGCCGGCAUUAAGGAGUAUUUUCGGACUUAUAUUUGCUUUCUGGCGCUGUAAAAUAUGGCUACGACUGCUCAGUUAUUCGAGGAGCCUUUUGAUGCUGAUGAGUAUAUUGAAAGACUGGCGUGGAGAACUCCUGGAGGAGGUUCCAAAGGAGGAGCAGAGGCAUUUGACCCCAAAAAGUUGCUGGAGGAGUUUGUCAAUCACAUUGAGGAGCUAAAACAGCUGGAUGAAAGGAUCCAGAGGAAGGUGGAGAAAUUGGAGCAGCAAUGCCACCGUGAAGCCAAGGAGUUCGCCCACAAGGUCCAGGACCUGCAGAGAAGCAACCAAGUGGCCUUCCAGCACUUCCAGGAGCUGGAUGAACAUAUCAGCUAUGUGGCCACUAAGGUCUGUCACCUGGGAGACCAGCUUGAAGGAGUGAAUACCCCAAGACAGAGGGCUGUUGAGGCCCAGAGACUCAUGACAUACUUCAACGAGUUCCUGGAUGGAGAGCUGCGCAGUGAUGUCUUCAACAAUCCUGACAAGAUAAAAGAAGCUGCUGACAUCAUUCAGAAGUUGCACCUGAUUGCUCAGGAGCUGCCGUUUGAUAGAUUUUCUGAUGUCAAGGCCAAGAUAGCAAGUAAAUAUCAUGACCUUGAGCGUCAGUUGAUCCAGGAGUUCACAGCAGCUCAGCGAAGGGGAGAGAUUGGACGUAUGCGUGAGGUGGCGGCUGUCCUGCUUCAUUUUAAGGGUUAUGCCCACUGUGUGGAUGUCUACAUCAAGCAAUGCCAAGAGGGAGCAUACAUGAGGAAUGAUGUGUUUGAAGACGUAGCCGUUCUGUGUCAGCGUGUUAAUAAGCAGGUGGGAGAGGUCUUCUGCAGUCCAGAGACUGUCAUGGCUAAACUCAUUCAGAGCAUCUUUGAGAACAAAAUCCAGGCUCAUGUCAAAGAAAAACUUGAUGAGACCCGCAAAUCUGAUGUGGAGCAAUACCUCAAGAACCUAUAUGACCUCUAUACACGGACAACGUCACUGGCUGCUAAGCUUACAGAUUUUAAUUUGGGCUCAGACAAACACACAUUUCUGUCUAAGCUGAUAAAGAACAUUUUCUCUUGUUACCUGGAGAGCUACAUAGACAUGGAGCGUCAGUAUCUACAGAACCGUAGUGGCAUGAUUCUCCAACGCUACUACGACUCAAAAAACCACCAGAAACGCCCUGUAGGCACAGGCAGCAUCCAGGAGCUAAAAGAGAGGAUCAGGCAGCGCACCAACCUGCCACUUGGACCCAGUAUUGACACACAUGGAGAGACCUUCCUCUCACAAGAGGUUGUAGUCAACCUGCUGCAGGAGACCAGGCAUGCAUUUGAGAGAUGCAACAAAUUGUCGGACCCUGCAGAUCUACCAAAGAAUGCCUUCUCCAUCUUCCUGCUUUUAGUUGAGUACCUGUGUGUGGACCAUAUAGACUACGCCCUUGAGAUUGGGCUCUCUGCCAUCCCAUCUGCGGAUGCCAAAAAUGCCAACCUGUACUUUCUGGAUGUCGUCCAGCAGGCCAACACAAUCUUCCACCUCUUUGAUAAGCAGUUUAACGAUCAUCUCAUGCCUCUUAUUAGCUCUUCUCCUAAGUUGACGGAGUGCUUGCACAAGAAGAAAGAGGUGAUCGAACAGAUGGAAGUGAAGCUGGACACCGGGAUUGAUAGGACACUGAAUUGCAUGAUUGGCCAAAUGAAGCAGAUCCUGGCCACUGAACAGAAGAAAACAGAUUUCAGGCCAGAAGAUGAGAACAAUGUCAUGAUACAGUACACCACAGCAUGCUCUAAGGUGUGUGCCUACGUGAGCAAGCAAGUGGAGCGUGUGCGGAGAUCCAUGGACGGUAAAAAUGUGGACACUGUUUUGACUGAGCUGGGAGUGCGGUUCCACCGUCUGAUCCAUGAGCACCUGCAGCAGUUCAGCUACAGCUCCAUGGGUGGCAUGCUGGCCAUCUGUGAUGUGGCAGAGUACCGGCGUUGUGCCAAAGAUUUCAGGGUUCCUCUUGUGCUUCAGCUCUUUGACACACUUCAUGCUCUGUGUAACCUCCUGGUUGUUGCCCCGGACAACCUCAAACAGGUGUGCUCUGGAGAGCAGUUGACCAACCUUGACAGAAACCUCCUCCAUGCUUUCGUCCAGCUGAGAGUAGACUAUCGCUCAACCCGUCUCGGGCGGCAUUUCAGCUAAUGACUGGCAGGGCUGCCCAAUUACUGCACAGCCUGCCAUACUGCAUCCAUUCAGAGCUGCCCUAGUGGUAGACAAGAAACACAAGUGGCCAAGCUUGAGUGGCUUAUGAAAUGUCUUUAUCUAAAAUUAAGUGUGGGAAUUAACUUUUGUUUAAAGAACAACAGUUGUAAAGCCAGAAUCUUCCCUGAUUGCUCCAUUUUAUGUUUUAAAGGGAUAGUCCACCCCAAAGUUAAAAUUCUUUCUGCAUUUACUCAUCCUCUUGUUGCUCCAAACCUAAAUGACUUCCAUCUGUGAAACACACACACACACACACACACAAAAAAAGGCAUGCGGGUUUGGAACAACAAGAGGAUGACUUAAUGAUGGCAGAAUUUUUGGUAACACUUUGCAAUAACGUUCAAUUUGUUAACAUUAGUUAACAACGUUAGUUAACAUGAACUAACAACACUUUUUACUUUAUAUAUGUAGCCUUUUUUUAUUUUUUAUUUUUUUAUUUUUAUAUAUAUAUAUAUAUAUAUAUAUAUAUAAGUAAAUUCAGCUUAUGGUCAUUUUAUGUCACCACAACUACAAUUAUUCUUUUACUUUAUGCAUCACUCUGAGUUCACCUUCUAAUUAAUAUUUUGUGUUGUAUACAUUAAUGCAAAUUAAGUAAAGCUGAAAAUGUUUUAUGUAUGUAUGUUUCUGAGUAGAAGCUAUUUAUUUCCUUACGUUAUGGUUGUUGAGCCAACAGAUUAAUGAAUGAACAAUACUUUUACAGCAUUUAUUAAUCUUGGGUAAUGUUAUUUUCCACAUAUUCUAAUACAUUUUUAAAAUCAAAAGUUGUAUAUGUAAUCAUUAGUUAAUGCAUUAUGAACUAACAUGAACUAUCAAUGAACAAUUGCUUUUUUAGAAACAAACAUGAACAAAGAUUAAUAAAUGCUGUAAAAAAUAAAUUCUUUAUUGUUAGUUCAUGAGACCUAAUGCAUUAACUAAUGUUAAUGACUGGAACCGUCUUGUAAAGUGUUACUAAAUUUUCCUUUAGGGGUGAAAGGUCACUUUAAAUAUCCCAUUUCAGUCUAUGUUCACAUUUUUAUUAUGAACAUGGUAUUUCAUCUCGUAUGUGCUUUUCUUUUGUUUGUGCUUUAAUUGCAAAAGGUUGGAGAAUAUGAACAUUGUAGAGGGCUGUUUUGUACAUUUCUCAGCUUCUCACUAGUGUUCAAGAGACUCUGUUUGCUUUUAUUUUGAUUGUGCCAAACCCAUCCUCUGUGGCUUUUCUGGGAUGAGAGGAGCAGUUCUGUCUGCUGCUUUGGAUCAGUGAACUAUUAAAGCUUGUUUCACUCAGGCUGUUGUACGCACAUAGGGCUUGACGGAGAUGAAAACUCCUUUUUGAGCAGAUCAAUGGACAUGGUUAUACAAACGUUGCCAUACUUCAAGUUUAUUCUGUCCUAUUGCAUUUCAAACUCGUAAAAAUAAUGAACAAGAGGACAGAUGAUUGUUCUAAACUUGAGCGCGUGACAUGGACUCAUGAAAAUUCUAGCAUUAUUUACUCAUUAUAAUCAGUCCAAAUCCAUAUGCUGUAGGUCUUUUCCAUCCUGUGACAACAGUUCAUAGUGACCACAGCGGUCAAGCUCCAAAAAUGACCAAACAAAUACAUAAAAACAUUUGUUCAUUUGACUUGUGUGUGAUAUUCCAAGUCUUCUGAAGCCAGACCAGGGAUGCGAACUACUCACCUUUCAGCUAAAGUCACCUUUUUUUAAAGCUAAUUUGCCCAAAUUGUUUGGUAAAAUUUUCUACGUUUUUCUUAUUAAAAUCAUUUGAAAGGGUUACUUUAAGCUUAAAAAGCGUUAAAUACAACAAACAAAUCAAGUGAAAAUAUUCAUCUGAAACACCUGCUAUGACCUCUCAUGGGUUUGCAUCCCUGCAUACACUAGCUUUGUGUGAGGAACACAAGAAAAUCUUGGUCAUUCACAGAAAAUCAUCCUCCACAUCAAACCUGACGUUGAGUUCACGCACCAUUUUUGAAUCUGUACACAAUCACCAAUGAGACUUCAGAGCUUUGAUGGAAAGGAAGAUUAUCAGUAAAUGAUGACAGAAUUUUCAUUUUGCGGUGAAUAAUUCCUGUAAUUUGAAAGUUUAAUUUAGACCUUGAAUACAAAGUGUGGUCUAAAGAUGACAUGAUAAAUCUCAUUUCCAUCUGAUUUACUUAUGUUGCCCUCAACCUGUUGAACUGAUAUACUUUGAUAGAUGUGCUCAGUGCUGAAAUAUAGAAUUUCAGACUUGAAUUGCAAGUCACACCGAACUACCAGAUUCAUGAUCUGGUAAAUCAAUGAUCACAUCAGUGCAAACAACUAAGUGCGGUCACUUGCAAUUAAAGUAAUACUUGCGUACUGUAGUAUCCGUAUAAUUACAAAAAAAUAAACAUUCAAUAUUGCUUCACUGCACAGUAGAAAUGAGGUAAACCGUUUUGAGGGUUGGAUGAGAUUUUUGACAUCUAUAAGAGCUCAGGUCACAAGGUGUCAAGUCUUCUCUAUAUGAAAAAUGGGUUGAUUUUAGAUGUGGUAUUUGAUUUAUGUAGUGUGACAUCUGUAUGAUUAUUCUGAAGCUAAACACUGACUUGCAACAGUCACAACUCAUUAAUCCCGAGACAUUUUCAUCUGACAGGGAUGUGUUGAAUGCAGUAGUGUCAUAUGACUAGUUACAUUUUAACCCUUAACCCCUCUGUUGAAAAGGCAGGGGUCAAGAUCAGUGACCCUGAGGCUUGACCUUGGUGGUAGACUGUUAGAGAGGAUUAGGUGGUCUGAUUCUGAUUUCAUUAUAUUGUACUGAUUUUAAACAUGAAUUCAUGGCAGAACGAUCUGAACUGAAUCACCUGCACAAGCUGCUCAUCAUUAUCAAUUAUUUCUGAAAAUAAUGUGUGAAAUUGCCCUUUUUCCUGUUAAAGUGAGAAGUUUCUUUGAGGGUGGUCUCAAAGCCCCUGGGUCAUUCCUACUUUUUCAUGUCCCCAUUAUAUGACUUAAGAUUGGAUUAAAUAUUAAACACAUUUUAAAAUGGGAAUCUGAUUACUUAGUUUUCUUUUGUCACAAUUAAGUGAAUUGUAAAUCAUUACAACUCAUUCUUACUAUUCUCGCCAUGUCUCUGAGUGCUAUGAACUAACUUCAUUUUAUUCCUUCUCUAAUUGAAUGUUUUUAAUAAAACAUGGGAAUCUUGGGAAUAUUGUUUUUAUUUGUA